AUCGAAGAUCGAGAUCGAGAUCGAGAGCGUCCCUCGUUCCCGGACCUCUCCUCUUAAUCCAAUCUAUAUCUCUCUGUGUCUUCUUGUUUUUGAUCUUUGAUUCAGAGACUGAUACUGGAAGAUGUUCAAAUUCUUGAAAGGAGUGGUGGGUGGAUCUGGCGCCGGCAUCAAGGAUCUACCUUACAACAUCGGCGAUCCUUAUCCCUCCGCCUGGGGCUCUUGGUCUCACUUCCAUGGCACCUCCAAGGAUGAUGGAUCUCCGGUGUCCAUAUUUUCUCUAUCCGGCAGUAAUCCGCAGGAUGGCCAUCUAGCUGCUGGUCGGAAUGGGGUCAAGCGUCUUCGUACUGUCAGGCAUCCAAACAUUUUAUCUUUUCUUCAUAGCACUGAGGUUGAAACUCUUGAUGGUUCCACUACCAAGGUUACCAUUUAUAUCGUCACUGAGCCUGUUAUGCCUCUAUCCGAAAAGAUCAAGGAACUGGGUUUGCAAGGCACACAAAGGGAUGAGUAUUAUGCAUGGGGACUGCACCAGAUAGCUAAAGCUGUGAGCUUUCUGAAUAAUGACUGCAAGCUUGUUCAUGGUAAUGUUUGCCUGGCGAGUGUUGUUGUCACACAAACCUUGGACUGGAAGCUACAUGCUUUUGAUGUACUAUCUGAGUUUGAUGGGAAUAAUGAAGCUGCUACAGGAUCAAUGCUGCAAUAUGAAUGGCUUGUUGGAUCACAAUACAAGCCUAUGGAGCUAGUAAAGUCGGACUGGACUACAAUCAGAAAAUCUCCACCAUGGGCCAUUGAUUCUUGGGGUUUGGGUUGUCUCAUUUAUGAACUCUUCUCUGGUUUGAAGUUAGGCAAAACUGAGGAGCUACGUAACACUGCUUCCAUUCCAAAGUCUCUGCUUCCAGAUUAUCAGCGGCUUUUGAGUUCCAUGCCUUCUCGCAGGUUGAAUACGCUAAAGCUCAUAGAAAAUAGUGAGUACUUCCAAAAUAAGUUGGUGGACACAAUACAUUUUAUGGAAAUUCUUAAUUUGAAAGACAGUUCAGAGAAGGAUAGCUUCUUCCGCAAGCUUCCAAAUCUCACAGAGCAGUUGCCUCGCCAAAUUGUGCUUAAAAAGUUACUUCCUUUAUUGGCUUCUGCACUUGAAUUUGGUUCGGCUGGUGCUCUUGCUCUGACUGCAUUGUUGAAAAUGGGUUCUUGGCUUUCUACUGAAGAAUUUAAUGUCAAGGUACUGCCAACAAUUGUGAAACUUUUUUCUUCUAAUGACCGAGCCAUUCGAAUUGGUCUCCUGCAGCAUAUUGAUCAAUAUGGAGAAUCUCUAUCAGCACAAGUUGUUGAUGAGCAAGUUUAUCCCCAUGUUGCUAAUGGAUUUUCAGACACUUAUGCUAAUCUCCGGGAAUUGACUCUUAAGUCAAUGCUUGUCUUGGCUCCUAAGCUAUCGCAACGCACUAUUUCUGGGUCUUUGCUGAAGUAUCUUUCCAAGUUACAGGUUGAUGAGGAGCCUGCAAUUAGAACAAAUACCACCAUAUUACUUGGGAACAUUGCGAGCUGCCUAAAUGAAGGGACUAGGAAGAGAGUUUUGAUUAAUGCUUUUACAGUCCGUGCAUUGCGUGAUACUUUCUCUCCUGCCCGAGGAGCAGGAAUCAUGGCUCUGUGUGCCACCAGUUCUUAUUAUGAUAUCACAGAGGUCGCAACUCGGAUUCUUCCAAAUGUUGUCAUACUUACUAUUGAUCCAGACAGUGAUGUAAGGUCAAAGGCAUUUCAAGCAGUUGAUCAAUUUCUGCAGAUAGUGAAGCAGUACAAUGAAAAGACUAAUCUUGGAGACACUGCAACUGGAGCUUCAAGUGUAGGAAUCUCAUCAAUUCCAGGAAAUGCUAGUUUACUUGGAUGGGCUGUCAGCUCCUUCACUGCUAAGGGUAAACCUUCUGAUCAAGCUCCAAUAGUUCCUGCUAGUUCUGGCACACAUGUAACUUCUGCAACUUCCAAUGCUAGCUCAGAUACUUCAAGUACAGCAGUUCUCCGUGUAAGUUCCAGCACAGACUUGACCGACCAACCUGUACCUGUAUCACCCACUUCAACAGAUGGCUGGGGAGAAAUUGAAAAUGGCAUUCAUGAAGAACAUGAUAGCGAUAAAGAUGGAUGGGAUGAUCUUGAACCUCCUGAAGAACAAAAGCCUUCUUCAGUCCUUGCAAACAUUCAGGCAGCUCAGAAGCGGCCUGUGUCACAACCAGUUUCACAGUCAAGGACACAAGCCACAAGUUCGAGGCCAAAAAAUACAGGGAAGGUGACUAAAGAUGAAGUUGAUGACUUGUGGGGAUCUAUAGCUGCUCCUCCUCCAAAAACUUCUUCAAAACCAUUGAAUGGGAAACCAUCUGGAUCACUUGAUGAUGAAGAAGCUUGGGCUUCCAUAGCUGCUCCAGAACCUCCUACCAGGGUGAGACCUUUAGCGUCUGGAAGGGGCAGAGGAGCUAAGCCUGCUGCUCCAAAAUUGGGCGCCCAGAGGAUAAACAGGACAUCAGGUGGAAUGUAAAUCAUGUAAGAAGUCAAGAACGAAAGCCAAAAGCCUAGAAGAAAAGAUCAAGUUCUGUACAUUUUCCAACUUGGUGGCUGAUUUCUCGUCUGUUACAACAAAUUCAUAUCACCACCAGGUGCUGUCUCUGGCUUCUUGUUUUGAUCUGUAAUAUCAUUCUUUUCUUUUUAUUUUAUUAAAAAAAUGUCUUCUUAUUGGCAUGCAGUUGGGAAUGUAUAAUCCUUUUUUUUUUUUUUACCAGAGCUUGUAAAAGCGUAACUAAGAAUGUGAGAAGUCAGAACAAUUCAAUAUUCAA